CCGUCCCCUCCGGGGAAGCAAUGGGGGUGCCCUAAAUUCCACCCCCCCAAAGUCCAGGGAGGGAGGAGAGGAAGCCCGACCCCCAAGAAGGGGGGAGACUGAGAGAGAGAGAGAGAUGGGGGCGGCCGCCAGGACCCCACUGCUGCUCCCGCUGCUGCUGGGACUGGGCCUAGGCCCGGGCCCCGUCCUGGGAAGGGCCGCCCCCGGAGACCCAAUGGACCAAGGAGAUGGAGACCCCCAGACUGCAGCCCAGGUGUUCCUGGGCCGAUAUGGCUACUUUCGGGAGGGUAAUGGGGAAGGCCCCAGCCCCGACAGCUUCGAAGACGCCGUCAGGGAGUUCCAGUGGACCGCCCACCUGCCGGUCAGCGGGGUCCUGGACGCGGCCACGCUGCGCCAGAUGAAGCGCCCGCGCUGUGGGGUGGCCGACGCCGAGAGUCGCCAGGCCUGGGCCCGGAGAGUGACCGCCCGGCGGGCCCCGAGGCUGCGGAAACGCUACGUCCAGCCGCGGGCCAACGGGAAGUGGUACAAGCUCCAGUUGUCCUACCGCCUGGUCAACUGGCCGCGACACCUCCCCGAGGGGCGAGUGAGGGAGGCCGUGCGGGCGGCCUUCCAGCUGUGGGCCAACGUCUCGGCCCUGGACUUCUGGGAGGCGCCGUCCGGGCCCGCCGACAUCCGCCUCACCUUCUUCCGGGGCGACCACAACGACGGGCUGGCCAACGCCUUUGACGGGCCAGGGGGUACCCUGGCCCACGCCUUCCUGCCCCGGCGCGGGGAGGCCCACUUCGACAGCGAGGAGCCUUGGUCCCUGUACAGCCGGCGGGGCCGCGGGCUGUUCGUGGUGCUGGCCCACGAAGUCGGGCACACCCUGGGCCUGGCCCACUCGCCCGCCCGCGGCGCCCUCAUGGCCCCCUACUACAAGAAGCUGGGCCGGGCCGCCGUGCUCAGCCGGGACGACGUCCUGGCCAUCCAGAACCUGUACGGGAAGCCGCUGCGGGGGUCAGCCGUGCAGCUCCCCGGGAGUCUCUUCACGGACUUUGAGGCCUGGAGCCCCGACGGUCCCGGCGACCAGGAGCGGUCAGGGGUCCGGGGACCCCACUACUGCCAUUCCUUCUUCGACGCCAUCACCGUGGAUGGGGAGCAGCGGGUCUACGUCUUCAAGGGGGGCCACUUCUGGGAGGUGGGAGUGGACGGCAACGCCACGGGGCCGUGGCCCCUGCGGACGAGGUGGCCCCGGUUGCCCCCGCGCGUGGAAGCGGCCGCCGUGUCCGAGGUCGACGGCAAGUUCUACUUCUUCAAAGGGAGCCGCUGCUGGCGUUUCCGGGGCUCGACGCUGGAGCCGGGCUUCCCCCAGCGCUGCCAAGGAGGAGGCGUCCCCCGCCACCCGGACGCGGCCCUCUUCUUCGGCCCGCUGGGCCGCCUGGUAGUCUUCAAGGACUCGCGGUACUUCGUGCUGGCCGAGGGGGCCCUGCGGCCCGAGCCCGACUACCCCCGCCACCUGCGGGACUGGAAGGGGGUCCCCCCGGGGGUCCGCGGCGCCCUGCCCCGCCCCGACGGCUCCGUCUACUUCUUCCGGGCCGACCGCUACUGGCGCUUCGACCAGGCCCGGCUGAGGGUGGUGGGCACCGGGCAUUGGGCCAGCGAGUUGGCCUGGACCGGCUGCGGGGACGCCAACUCGGGGGGUGCUCUGUUUUGAGGCGCGGGCCCGAUCCCGCUCGCCCCCCGCACGAACAGACUGUCUCUGGGACCCCCGCGGCCCCACUUUCUAUUUUUAAGGGUAUAUAAUAUUAAGCGCUUACUAUGUGCAAAGCACUGUUCUAAGCACUGGGGAGGUUACAAGA